UGCUUAGUUUUUCUCUUGGGCAUUUGUCCGCUUCGAAUACGCGAAUGCCAUUUGUUCUUGGUACGUAUCGAGAUGGAAGUCUUCGUGAUUUACCCUUUUCUCGUCCUGUUUUGCCAACAACAGUACUUUGUUAUCGUCAUUAGUUUUAUUAGCGUUUAGGAAAGCUUGCAAGAAAUUUCAAUCUUGCAAUUUGCUCUCUUUGCUCUUCUUUGUCCCUGCAUUGUUUCUAGCCUGCUAGUUCGUCAACGACAAGAUCAAUGGCAGCCAACGAAGAGGAUUCAGCGCUUGUCAAGCUAGAACUGGCGUGUUCAGAUUUGAGAACGUUGCUACAAUCAUCGGCUAAGUUGGAAAAAGACCUGGAAGAGAUGGAGAAGAAGUUUGAUUCUAUUGAUGAAAAGCUCUCAACAGCUGCUAAAAGAGUAGCUCCUUUGCAGUCCCUGGCUAUGGCUGCCAAGGCUCUCGAGACCAGAACUAAUAGAGCUGUUUCCCCGGCUCUCGGGCUCCUUCAUAGUUUCAAGCUCUCUGAAUCUUUUCAGAAGAAGCUCAUUGAACUCUCCGAUAAACUAUCUAUUGAGAAAAACCCAAGGAAGAGGCUUAAAAAGCUGCUCAAAUACGUCCAAUGCGUUGAUCAGCUUAACGAAGUUAUUAACUUAAUAAGUCGAGAUGGAGAGCCGGUGAUUCAAAAGCUUCAAGAGGUGGUGGAAUUCUUGAGCAGAACAAAAGCUACGGAUCAAUAUCGAACCCAAAGAUUGAAGGAGACUUUGAUCACACUUAAGGCUCUAUAUGAAUCUGAGGUUGAUGCUAUGAGGUUUGACGGGUUGCUUGAUGAGGCCUUACUAAAUCUGCAGGACGAAUUUGAGAUUAUGUUACAGCAAAUGAAGCACCAAAACAUUGGGGAGCAACAAGCGGAUGAAGAAGCUGAUCAGACGUUGGUUUCUGACCUUGGCACUGAAAUGGAGGUCCAAGUCCUUAGGCGAAUUGCAGAAACCCUUUCUGCCAGUGAUUGUUUGGAUAUAUGUAUUGAUAUCUUCGUUAAGGUGAGAUACAGAAGAGCAGCUAAAGCACUAAUGCGACUAAACCCUGAUUACUUGAGAACAUACACUCCUGAAGAAAUAGAUGAAAUGAAGUGGGAGAGUCUAGAGACAGCAAUUUCUCUUUGGAUCCAGCAUUUCGAGCUCGCGGUUAAAACAAUCUUUGUAUCAGAAAAGAAACUCUGCAAGCAAGUUCUGGGAGGACUUCCUGAAGUGCUCAUUUGGCUAGAGUGUUUUGUCAAGAUUGCUGAUAAAAUCAUGGCGGUAUUUUUCCGCUUUGGAGAAGGUGUUGCAAGGAGCAACAGAGAGCCUCAGAAGCUGUUCAAGCUCUUGGAAAUGUUUGACUCCUUAGAAAAGCUGAAGCUUGAAUUUACCGAGAUUUUCGAAGGUGAAUCGGGAGCUGAUAUUUGCAUACGUUUCAGGGAACUUGAAAAGCUACUCGUGCAUGCUUCAAGCAAAGUGUUUUGGGAGUUUGGCCUACAAAUUGAAGGCACUUCCGAUUUUUUCGCACCACAACAAGAUGGUUCAGUCCCGAAACUUGUGAGGUAUGCAGUCAAUUACCUUAAGUACCUUACCACAGAGACAUACAGCGCACCCAUGGCUAAAGUUUUCCGAACAGAACAAAUGUGGAAAGCCGGUAUCUUAUCGAAGCCAGAAACAGAUGAGAAUUUACUCAAAGAUGCCAUAUCUAACAUCAUGGAAGCUCUUCAGAGAAACAUUGAAUCGAAGAGUUCGAGUUACAAAGACAAAAUAUUGCCCCACAUAUUUGUGAUGAACACCUAUUGGUACAUUUACAUGAGGAGCAGGAAUACAGAGCUUGGGAAGCUUAUCGGAGAGCAAUACAUGAAACAGAAAUACAAGAGUGCUGCAGAGGAGUCUGCUUACAUGUAUCAAUGGCGAGCAUGGAGACCAUUAGUAAGAUUGUUAGAGAAGGAAGAGUCGGAGGAGCAAGACAAUGGCACCAAAGCAACAGCAGCUUUUGUGAGAGGUAAACUGGAAGCAUUUUUCAAUCGCUUUGAUGAAAUCUCGCAGAGACACGCUAGGGGUUAUAGCAUUCCUGACGCUGAUUUAAGGGAACAAUUACGAGAAGCAACGGUGAAACUGUUGGUUCCUGUUUACAGUGAAUUCUUGAAUGCACACUCAAAGUUGUUGUCUGGCGAAUCUUACGUCAGUCCUGAAUCAUUGAAAGGAUUGGUGGGCCAGGUUUUCAAUGGAACCGAUCGAACCAGCAAUGGGAAGCCGAAGCGCCGAGACUCCAAGGACACUGUUCCAGGGAGGAACUCUGUUUCCGUGGAGGGAGAGCUUAAGAAUUUCAGACGAUCCAGAUCAAAAUCCAUUGAUGCAUGAAUCAGUGAAUUCUUAUUACAUUCUUAUGGUUUUGUUUAUGAGAUUUUUUUUCUUCUGUUGAAUGAAUGCUAAUUAAGAUUGCUACGUUUUUCAUAACACGUAUUAUUCAGUGAUGCAAUGAUACACUGGAUUUUGUGGAAUAUGUACAAAA